GUGUGUUGUGAGCAUGCCAAUUAGCUCUUGGUUUAUUCAUGUUCCCGUGCGCGGGCAGGGGCUCAGAAGCUAGGCGAUAGCUAGCUAGCAAUUUAUAACACAAUGUGUAGGUUUUCGUAUGCCGAGAGAAUGUCCUAGGACCACAGACGCCAAAGAAAUGUUUACGUAAAACGAUACCGCUUAUUUGUGAAAUUGUGAUAAUCUUUUGCCCACACGCACACUCUCUUUUUUCGGCCCCUGGAGCCACAGCGCUCGAACAAGAGAGCAUCCGACUACCGUUUGAAGUGACCUGUUAUUUGGGGGAGUAGCUAGCUAACGUCAGCUAACCUACAGGAGACUGUCAUUUGACUGGACGCUCCAGAUUCCACUUGAAGGCCACAAAUGAAGUGAAAGCAGGGGAUUUCUUCCAUCUCUCCCCACAAGUCUGAUCUCCACACAGCUGUUCUCCUCUGCACUAGCUAAGUCCUCCGUCACAGCCCCUUCACCAAGCACCCUUGCCAGUUCUUCAGUUCCACUUGCUGAAAUGGAUUGGGCCACGCCAGCUGCCAAGCUGAAUCCCUACACCCGAGCCCGCAUGACAGAGGCCUGGCAGCAGCAUGCAGUUGCUCCACCUCCCGUUGUCCACACCAUCCCUCCAGGAGCUGAGAAUGCGUUGGGUUGUGCAGUGUAUGGCAUUGUCCUACAGCCAGAUGCCACGUCUUUACAGCAGCAGCCACAGACCCAGCACGCACAGCACAGCCAACACAGCCAACAACACAGCGGGAGUCAGCAGCAUGGAGGCGGGCAGCACAGUCAGCAGCAGCACCCCACCCAGGCCCAGCAGACCUCCCUACAGGUAGGGACCGAAGGAGGACACAAGUGUGGGGCCUGUGGACAUGAUAUCUCCCACUUAGCCAACCCACAUGAGCACCAGUGCAUGGUGAAUCAAGACCGGUCAUUCCAGUGCACUCAGUGCAUGAAGAUUUUCCACCAGGCAACAGACCUGCUAGAACACCAAUGUGUUCAGGUGGAGCAGAAGCCGUUUGUGUGUGGGGUGUGUAAGAUGGGCUUCUCCCUACUCACCUCUUUAGCCCAGCACCACACAUCCCAUAACAGCACCAACCCACAGAAGUGUUCAAUAUGUGAAAAGACCUAUCGACCCGGCUCUUCUGGCAGCGUCACACCCAACUCAAAUAAUCCCCAGCAGCCCAGCAGUGACGGGGCGUCAGCAAGCAGCAGCUCGUCCAUUCUACCUUUUCCCUCAGCCCGAGACCGGCCGUACAAAUGCUCCGUUUGCCAGAAGGGCUUCAAACACCUCUCAGAACUCACAAGGCAUGAGAGGGUGCACACAGGAGAAAAGCCCUUCAAAUGUGACACAUGCGACAAGGCCUUCAGCCAGUCGUCGCACCUACAGCACCACCAGCGAACACACAGCAGCGAACGCCCGUUCAAGUGUGCCGUUUGUGAAAAGAGUUUCAAACACCGCUCCCACCUCGUGCGCCACAUGUAUGUGCACUCUGGGGAGCACUUGUUCAAAUGCAACUUAUGUGAGUUGCAUUUCAAAGAGUCAUCGGAGCUCCUUCACCACCCCUGCCACCCGCAGGGUUCCCGACCGUUCCGCUGUGCCACGUGUGGUAAAGGUUUCAAGCGACCGUCUGACCUUCGGCAACACGAGCGCACACACUCGGAGGAGCGCCCCUACCACUGUGACGAGUGUCAGAUGAGCUUCAAACAGCAGUAUGCACUGGUGCGCCACCGACGCACACACAAAGACCCUACAGACCGGCCGUUCAAAUGCAACCUGUGUGACAAGGGCUUCAUGCAGCCCUCUCACCUCCUGUACCACCAGCACGUCCACGGCAUGGACAACCUGUUCAAGUGCGCCUCAUGCCAGAAGGAGUUUAGCCAGUCGGGAGAGCUGCUCAGGCACAAGUGUGGCGAGUCGUCCAACUCCUCGCCCGACAAGCCGUACAAAUGUGACGUCUGUGGCAAAGGCUACAAGAAGGGCUCGACGUUACAGCGUCACCAAAAUUCUCACUGCCAAGAGAAGCCCCUUAAGUGCUCGCUGUGUGACCGCCGCUUCCUGUCCUCUUCGGAAUUUGUCCAGCACCGUUGUGACCCUUCGCGGGAAAAGCCGCUGAAGUGCCCUGACUGCGAGAAACGUUUCAAAUACUCAUCAGACCUGAACCGACACCGGCGCGUGCACACAGGGGAGAAACCUUACAAAUGCGGCCACUGCAACAAGGGUUUCAAACAGCGCGAGCACCUGACCAAACACGCGAGCACACACUCCCGAGAGGGCCAGUUCAAGUGUGUUUGGUGUGGCGAGCGUUUCAGUGACUUGGGCUCUUUGCAAGAUCACACUGUGCAGCACACAGCCGAUGGAGGGGGUUACCCAGUGCCCCAGUGCAUAUAAACUCUUGAAGACUUUUUUCCCUUGAACAGACAGUCUCCUAAACUCCUGUCCCCUCGUCCAUCCCUUGUAUUCAGCUUAACUAUCUUCACAUUUGCAGGACAGUCCAGGCUAUUAUUAUUGCAAUCAUUACCACCAGUGAUAGGUCAGUUUUUGUUGCUUCACUAACUGGACCGAAGCCCUUUAGCACUGUGGCCCUGUCAUUCCAUAAGAUCCUGAGCGUUUCUCUCUCCCUGCACUUUCCUCUUUCUUCCACCUCUUUAUCUUCUUAUACCUGACCUGUCCUCUACCAUUUUUCUCAGCCCCACAAUUAUACAGUUGAUAGCACUAAAGAGGCCACAACCACUUAAACUGACAUAAUUCAUACUUAGGCUGCAUUCACACCAAAUCAGAUGUUGUGGGAGUGGCCCAUUUGUUUCUCCAUUGUGUUCCCAUGGUGCUAGCAUUUAGCCAUGCUGCUAGUAUGCCGGGUACUACGAGUCAUUGUCCACGUUGACAGAUUUAAUCAAGAAAAACAUUUACUUUCAAUAACCCAGGAUGCAAGGCAAGACUUAACAUUAUAAUGGGGUUUAACCUGGUGCACAAGGCCAAAUUGAGUGUAUACAUGUGAAACAUGAUGUUACACUUCAUUGUGUUUUGUCUGAUUUGGCAGUUAAUUGAUAUGUCACCACAGCGUGACAUUGGGUUGCCAUUCUCCUAAAGUUGACUUUUUCGGCAUACCCUGCGUUCCCCCCCGCCGCAGCCUAAAUACACUUCCCACAUUCAAAUGAAUCUGAGGACUGGCGUUUUUGCUGCAGUGCCUGUUUUGGUGUGAAUGCAGCCUUAAUCAGACAGUUGCAGACAGAAACGGGUGCCAUAAUGCAGGUUGAUCCAGCAAAUAUAUCCCUCCCAAAUUCCUACCCUUAGAAAAGGGGGAAAAAAUUUAAAUGUCCCUUUUUAAUUGUUAUAAAUAAGACCGACAUAUUUUAGUGUGUGUGUUUUGUUUUUUUAAAGUAUUUUUUAAGGUUUACUGAAUGAAUCAAUAGUUUAGUAUCCACCUAAACUGACGGGGCCAAAGACUUGAAAGUCUUGACUGCUGGAGUGUCCAUAAGAGGGGGAUUAUUUCCUUGUUAUUUUUGUUCCCCCUCUAUUUCUCCGAUGACCUCUUUUCCCCGCCCUUAAAUUACUCCCCUCUCCCAUUUUUCCACUCAUCUUUGCUUCCUCCUCUUCCUGUCGCAGUUUAGUAUCAGAAGACUGGGAAGUUUGACUAAUCCCUCAAACACACAUGUUCUCACAUUCAUUGGUCAGGUACAGAAACAGUGCAUUGGUCCCGGCCCAACUUCCUGUGUCCACAUCACUUGUUUUUAUUAAAUAGCCAGUAAACUCCCUCAACGUAUGUGAAGCGAAACCAUGUAGGGGGGAGUUUGGGGAUUUAUUGUCCUAUAGUGAAAUACCAAAACGCCAGUAUGAAGCAGCACCCGAUCCCAAAGGUGUGUAGACUAACCAACCAGCUGAAGUGAACCAUCAUUAUAGGAAAAAAACUGAUGAUUGAUACCAACCUCACACUCCAGUAUAGACAACUAUAGAAGUAUAUCUUUCUCACCAAUAUAUAAUAGUCAUAUUCCUGCAUACAUCAGUGCUGUUAGACUUAUUUGUACUGGAAAUGUCCAAGUUUGAACAUUACACUUCCUCUCAGCCUGUACAUACUAUGGAUCUGUGAGUGUACUUAGCCAGGUAAGUUGAAAAUGUCAGAACUUGUCUUUCUUAAAAACAAUAUGUAAGAACUGUUUUCGUAUUCUUGCUACUUUUUACUAUGUAAACUGUUUGGAGAAAUGCUCUUUUGUUCUUUUUGUAGUCCAUGUGGUGAUUGUAUCAGUAUGUUGCAAUUGCGUGCGUGCGUGCGUGUGCAUUUUAUUCUGUCAAACGAAAAUUUAGACUUUAGAGAAUAGUAUUAGAAAUAUUUCAGCAGACCUUUGCCACUUUUUUUUUUUUUUUUAUGUACUAAUCUUACUGGUCUGUCCGAGCUGUUUUUGUAGGAUGAACCUGCACUUUGUAUUAAAUAUUUUCCAUAUUUUAAAAGAAAUUUUAAUACUUAGUUUUCCUGUUACAUGUUGAGUUGAGGUGGUAGCUGUGUCUGACAGAGUGGGUUUCUACCAGAGUGAAUGACACUUUCCACGUCUUUGAAUGCUAUGAGAUUCUAGUGUGCUUAAGAAGCCCAGCGAACAAGUUGGUUUUCCUUUUCCUGUGAGAGGGAGCCGCUCUGGACAGGAGCUCACUGUUGAGUCAUGGUUUGAGUGCAGUAUUGAAAACAAACGGAGGAGACCAAGAACAUGGAAGUAACAUUUUUUAUUUUAUUCUGGCUUGCAAUUCUUUCCUUUUUGUUUUAGCCUUAAAACAUGGUCAUGGUGCCUCUCGGCCUCUUCCUCCUCUUCUGCUUUCUGUCUCUGUCCAUCAUCACCAUCAUCAUCAUCAACAUCAGAUGGUUGGUUUCAUUGGCCAUCAUUUUUAUUUUCUGAAUUUGGCGUAAGACUGAAACAACUUGGACUUAAAUUAGUAAUGUGUUUUUUUAUUUUUUUUAAUAGUUUCACAUGUUUGUAUUUUUUUUGUAUUAAUCUUUAAUUUUAUAGUAAAAUCUAUAUUCCUCGAUGGAGAGACCAGGGCCUUGGGUUGGUUUGGGAUAGAGAUGGCUGUAUUUUUUUAACAUGUCUGUCAGAGUUGUACGCAAGCUUUUCCCAAUGUGGAUUUGUCCCAAACGCCAAAUCACAGAAGAAACCAUCUCUGCACAAAGAAUUUGGUAGGGGGGUGGUGUAAAAGUUGAUUAAUACAACACAAACACAUCAGGAGUCCAUACACGCAAGUUCCUAUUUGCCAAUUUCUGGAGGACUUUGAUGAUAAAGAUAGUCACUUCAGAUGCAGGACAAGGACCUCACAUACUACCAUAUAGUGCAGACAAUACACUUAGUAUGUGUUAAUAAUAAUACAAGUGUACACUCAAAGCCUAAGAAUACUUCCAAGCCAGUGGCACUGGUUUAGUUGCUUGUAUUGGUAGUGUGUUACUCAUGUGUGUGGGGUAUAGAGUGCUGAUCAGGUAUAGGUACAACAUUAUCAGACAGUGAGGAAUCUUGCAAAGUGAAAACAAGAACUGCACUUAUUACAUCUCGAUCAAUUCUGGGUUUAAAAACUCCAUAUCCAACACACAGUCAGUAAAAGGAGAGGAAAAUCUCCAGUCUAAGCACAAAUGAAAUAAAUCCACCCUUCUGCAUAUUAUCAACCCCCCCCCUUCCCUGCUGCUACUUUUUUUUUUUUUUUCCUCAGUUCUAAAACGUGAACCCGUCAGACCCUGGUGUCUCUAGCUCUCUGCAUGCUUGCUGUGAUAGUUCCUGUGUUCUCUCCCUGCGAACUGCUCCCCCAUUCCACGCAGCACUGUUCCCUCUUACAGCUUUUUCAAAUUGUAUUGUAGUUUAUGUGAAUGAUGUUGG